AUGUAUUUAGCUGAUUCUUUAAAAAUGCUUGAUUAUUACAGAGAUGCCAUUAAAUGGGCGAAUAUAACUUUGUCCAUAAAUUCAAAUCAUGUCAAUUCAUUAUCUACAAAAAGUAAUUUACCUUUUUAAUUAUAGGCGAUUCAUUAAGAAUGUUGGGUAAUUAUAACGAAGCUCUCAAGAUUUUAGACCAAAUCUUGAAUAUUAAUCCAAAUCAUGAUACAUCUUUAGCCAGAAAAAGUUUACUAUAUUUUAAUUUAGAUAGGAGCCUGUUUACAAUCAUUAUCAAAAUAUAUACAAGCUAUUAUUUAUUACAUUAAGGCUCUUGUAAUCAAUCCAGACUAUUUAUGGGCUAAUAUUAAAAAAGGUAUAUUAUAUAUUAUAUUAAUAGUUUUAUUGAAAAAAAGUGAUUAUUGA